AUGUUGGACGACGGAAUACUUACCGGAUAUGAGGUUACGGAUCACAGCUUAACACAGAUGGAAGAGGAAGCUAUAGAUCCUACGACAUUGCAUGAGCUGCUCGUGAAGCACGUGCUUGACGUCAGUGGGGAGCUCAAUUCGCGGUUGGACGUGUGGGGCGAGCACUCGUACGCGCGAGCGCGGGGAGCCGCGCCCAACUCACAGAUCCGCGUCCUUCUGUCCCCGCUCGAGCCCGCGCCGGAGGCGGACGAGUUCGUGGACGUCGAGGCGGAGCCGCGCCCGCUUCCCGCGCUGCCCCUCGACCGCGAACCCGAGGACGAGGACGGCGGCGGCGAGGACGAGGACGAGGACGAUGAGUGGGAGGAGCGGCUGAUGGAGCUGACGCCGUCGGCCGCGCUGCGGCGCCUGGCCGCCGCGGCGCUGGGCGCGCUGCGCGACCUGCGCCUGGCGCGCCUGGCGGGGCGCGAGGCGCGCGGCGGGCGCUGGGCGCGGCGCGAGGGCGCGGCGGCGGCGGCGCGGCGGCUGCGGCGCGCGCUGGCGCCGCACUGGGCCGGCGGCGCGGCCUGGCUGCACGCCGCGCUGCUGGCCGCGUUGCCGCGCACGCUGGCGCCGCUCUACGCCGAGGUGCUGGCCGAGCUGCGUCGCCAGCUGCCGCGCCUUGGCCGCGCGGCUGCCGGCACCGCGCGACUUGGCGCCGCCCCCGGAGCCGCUCGCGGUGGUCGGCGUGCGAGUGCGCCGGGCCCGUGGCUAGCGUGGGCGCCCAGCGGCAGCGCGGCCGAGGACGAGCGCUGGGUGCGGCGGCUGGGCGCGCUGCUGCACACGCGCCUGCUGCGCGCGCCCGCUGCCGCCUCGGCCGCGCCCGCGCCGCCCGAGCGCUGGUGCGCGGCGCUGGCGCACGAGGCGCGCGGCGCGCUGGCCGACGUGCUGGCCGACGCCGGGCGGCGCGCGGUGGUGGUGGGCGGCGCGGGCGCGGGCGCGGCGCUGGGCGUGUGGCUGGCGGCGGGCGCGACGCGCGCGCGCGGCCUGUUGCUGCUGGCGCCGCCGCUGCUCACCGCCGAGGGCCCGCGCGACGCGCCCGAGGACAUCCUGGAGGAGGUGGAGAUCCCUCUGCUGGCCGUGGUGGGUGGCGGCGCGGCGCAGUGCUGGCGCGGCGCGGCGGCCGAGCUGGCGGGCCGCGGGGAGGCGCGGCGCGUGCUGGUGCUGGCGGGCGCGGACGACGCGCUGCGGCUGCCGCGCGCGCACCGCCUGCGCCUGCGCCUGCCGCAGCACGCGCUCGACGCGGCCGUCGCGGAGGAGUGCGCGCGCUGGGCGCUGGAGGUCGCGGAGUCGCCGGAGCCGCCGCCGCGCGCCAGGCGGAAAGGUACGAGCACCGGGCUGGAGAGUGACGAUAUUCGUCCCCCGCCGACAGCGAACCGUUCUAUCGAAAUAAUAGAGGGCCGCGUGGCGCCGCGCGCGCCGCCCGCGCUCGCCGCCGCCGACAUCAUGCAGCUGCCCAUCGUGUUCGCGGACGACGAGCCGCCCGCCUCCGCGCCGCCCACGGGGGCGCCGCCCGCGCCCGCGCCGCCCGCCCCCGCGCGCGGCUCCGCGCAGCUCCGCUACACGCGCGUCAUCGUGGCCAAGCGUCCGCCCGCGGGGGUGGCGCGCCCGGUGCUGCUACGCCGCCGCGCCGCGCACGCACCGCGAGACACG